GUGUGCUAAGACAGACACAAACAAACCACACCAUAGCUUAGUUCAUUGUGUACAGUUUUUUUCCCCUUCAGGUAAAAACUCUGUGGUAAGUUAAAGGAUUUAGCAGAAGGAAUUCCAAGGUUCACCCUCCUAAUCCUUUCAGAACUUCAGAACAACAGUAGGCAGUUACAGUUCUGUUACUCAUGGUUAACCGACCUGUACUUUAUCCUGAGUUUGUAGGUUGAUACAGCAUAUUGAAUUAUAAAUUCACCCCCUGGCCUAGAUUCACACAACAUGCUAGGCCAAAAUGUGUCUGUCUGGUUUAGUGUGUUGUAUAAACACUGCCUGAGCUAUGGAUCUCCAGCAUUCUUCUUCAAAAACAAACGCUGUCCACCUUUAAGUAAUAUAUUGCUUCUGUUCUUAUUGAUUGUAAACAAAAUGUAUGUCUAAUAAAAUGCCCAAUUGUGGUACUUCCUUGUAUAUUUGAUAUGUAUAAUGGAUUGCUUUACCUUGCUUUAACAGGUGAGAAUUCAGACAGAAGCACGCUAUUGUGGAAUAUGGCACUGCAUCAGAGAUACAUACAGAACUGAAAGGGUGCCAGGUUUCUUCAGAGGCGUUUCAAUGACAGUUGUAAUGGCAUCACUGAUUUCAUCAUUUUCAUUUGGGAUCUACAAAAACUUUCUUUAUGGUAUCUGUAGAUUACGAUAUGGCUCUGCAGACAGAAAACCAUCAAAAGUGGAUAUAUCUUUUGCAGGUUGUGUUACUGGUGCUAUCCGGGUUGUGCUAAUAUCGCCUGCAGAAAUAGCCAAAGUAAGAUUACAGAUCCAGAAAGACCCACAUGGCUUGGCAACAUCAUCUUAUCCCUUUGACUCCAGGCCUAAGUAUCAAGGUUCCUUGCAUUGUUUGAGGACAAUAGUGAAAGAAGAAGGUCUUGCGGGUCUAUACAAAGGAUCUUUGGCUCUGUUGGGCAGGGAUUGUCAUUCAUGUGCAGCCUAUUUCCUCACCUACUCUGUCCUGUGUGACUGGCUUACUCCAGCUGGUAAAAACAAACCAGAUCUGUGGGCUGUGCUUCUUUCUGGAGGCUGUGCUGGUGUUCUGGCCUGGGGUACAGCAACCCCAAUGGAUGUCAUUAAAGCCCGGAUGCAAGCAGAUGGUGAUGGGCAGCGUAAAUAUACUGGACUAAUACACUGUGCCAGAGACAGCAUAAGGGAAGAAGGAGUAAGAGUUCUUUUCAAAGGCCUCGGACUAAACUCACUGCGUGCAUUUCCUACAAACAUGAUGAUAUUCUUAAUUUACGAAGCUGUUCUUAGGCUUGGGGAACAUUUGGGGAAAUGAAGAGUUUAUUUCAGCAUCAUUCUGUAAGUGAUUGCUUAUUUUUUUGAAGCCAAUUUAUUUAAAUACUUCUUUUUCAGCAAACUCUUGUGAUGAUAAAUUAUCUCUGUGUAUGCAAAUCUCAGAACUGGAUAUAUGCAUUAAAACUU